AUGCGAUUUUCAAGAAGUAAUCCUCAUUCCUCACUUCCUUUAUACAAAGAACAUUCAAAGUCUACUUCAACUUUUAGGAGUUCGAAGCAAUUAUUGAUUAUCGGCCUUUUUUAUAUUAUUUUAAUCCUGUUUCUUAUUAAUCUUUUUAAUUUUUUACUUUUUCAUAAAUCCGAAUCUUCGUCUAUUACAAAUCUUGAUUAUUCUUUCAUACUUCCUAAUCCAUCACAUUCAGAUCUCCAAGAUUUAAUAAUAGUUGCUGGACAUGCCAUAUAUUUAGGUAACGGAUUAGAAAAGGUGGAGCAAGAUGACAACUGGAUUUUGGAGAAUUUCCAAAAAGGUGGACAUGUGAAAACUUUUUUGAAUCAUAUAAGAAAAGGUUUAGAAUUAGCUCAACAAAAUACAAAGGCAUUAUUAGUAUUUAGUGGUGGUCAAACUCGACCCGCUGCUGGACCAAUGAGUGAAGCACAAAGUUAUUAU